AUCUGAGUGUUCCCAACUCAAAACCCUGAUUCAACUCACACUCUCAACUCUCAACUGCUUCCGUCUAAAUUCACCCUUGUGCCUUCGUCUUCAUUCUUCACAAUCUGAUCAGUUUUAAUGGCUUCACGUGCGUGGUUGCGACACGCGGCACAGCCACCGGUGCAUGUGGAUUCUUCCAUUCCAAAUUCUGCUGCAUAUGUAUCAAAGGAAGUAUACCGGGAGCAAUGACUAAUGGAAAACUUGCUGGAUCUAUACAAGGUCCAAUCUUCCAGUCAUUCAGCAUAUCUAGGAUUUUGGAGCUGUUGAAUAAACAGCACUGGUCAGAGCUCAAAACCCAUCUCAGAGUGACCAAACCUGGAAUACUUCUUGACCAAUUGCUUAAUGCUGGAGUUGAUUCAGAGCUUGUUUUGAGGUUCUUUCAAUGGUCUCAGAAAGAGUUCAAACUUUCAUAUGGUCUUGAAACAACUGGCAAACUUCUAUAUCUUCUAGUAAAUUCAAAAAGGUACUCUAAAGUCAGGUCCUGUUUGGAUAAGUUUGUUAAGAAUGAGAAACAUACAGUUUCUUCUGUUUUUCAUUCCCUUUUGUUGGGUGGUGAUCGAUCUUGUGCAAAUGCUCUAAUAAUUGAUAUGUUGGUCUUAGCAUAUGUGAGAAAUUUUGAACUCCGCUCUGCUUGUGAAGCAUUUAGGCGAGCUCAAGAUUAUGGAUUUAAGUUAUCGUUGAAUUCAUGCAAUCCGUUGUUGAGUGCUUUGGUGAAGGAGAAUGAAAUUGGGAAUAUGGAGCAUGUGUACAAGGAGAUGAUAAAGAGAAGAAUUCAGCCUAACUUGACCACAUUUAACAUUUUUAUUAAUGGUCUCUGUAAAGCUGGUAAGUUGAAUAAGGCACAGGAUGUUAUUGAAGACAUGAAGGCCUGGGGAUUUUCACCAAAUGUAGUUACUUAUAAUACUCUUAUUGAUGGGCAUUGCAAGAAGGGCACUGCUGGAAAAAUGCACAAAGCUGAUGCUAUUUUGAAAGAAAUGCUUGCUAAUAAAAUUUGUCCAAAUGAGAUCACCUUUAACACUCUCAUUGACGGGUUUUGUAAGGAUGAGAAUGUGCUGUUUGCAAAGAAGGCUUUUGAAGAGAUGCAAAGGCAGGGACUAAAACCUAAUUUAGUUACUUGUAACUCACUGAUAAAUGGUCUAUCUAAUAAUGGGAAGCUAGAUGAGGCUAUUGCUUUGCGGGAUAAGAUGAUGAGCAUGGGUUUGAAGCCAAAUAUUGUUACUUAUAAUGCUCUUAUUAAUGGGUGUUGUAAGAAGAAGAUGAUGGAAGAAGCAUUAAAACUCUUUGAUGAUAUAACUAAGCAAGAGUUGGUUCCCAAUGCAACAACGUUCAAUACAUUGAUUGAUGCUUACUGCAAGGAUGGGUUGCUGGAUGAAGGAUUUGCACUGUGUAGUUCAAUGCUAGAUGAAGGGGUUUUUCCAAAUGUUUCAACCUAUAAUUGCUUAAUUGCAGGCUUGUGCAGAAAACGAAACAUAAGAGCUGCUAAAGAGCUUCUUAAUGAAAUGGAGAACAAGGGCUUGAAAGCUGAUAUUGUAACAUAUAACAUCUUAAUAUAUGGAUGGUGCAAAUACGGUGAAUCAAGUAAGGCAGAAAAAUUACUAAAUGAAAUGCUCAACGUGGGUGUAAAACCUAAUCAUGUAACAUAUAAUACUUUGAUGGAUGGCUAUUGUAUGGAGAGAAAUCUCAAGGCAGCAUUGAAUGUGAGGACACGGAUGGAGAAAGAAGGGAAGCGAGCUAAUAUUGUUACAUAUAAUGUGUUGAUUAAAGGAUUUUGUAUAGCAGGCAAGCUAGGGGAUGCAAAUGGGCUUCUUAAUGAGAUGUUGGAAAAGGGUUUAAACCCAAAUCGUAUUACUUAUGAUAUAGUUAGACUUGAAAUGCUGGAGAAAGGUUUUAUUCCAGACAUAGAAGGGCACUUAUAUAAUAUCUCUGGCAUGUCUUAGCAUGAACUUGAGAUGCUAGAUGGAAUUUUCAUUAUCCGUGUAUUGCUGUUUAGAAUUGAGCUUCACAAAAGAUUUAGAGAAUGAGUAUAUAUAGCAACUUGUACCAAAAUUAUUUUUAACUGUUGUU